UACUACAACUACUACUAUUAAUAUACUACAUUCUCCCAAACCACACACAUACACACACACACACACACAGAUGGCUGCCUCAGCCUGGCUACGAUUCUUGCUAUUGCUGAUCACUAUUUUACAGCCUCCAAUGGUGCAGUCGGAGGUUCGUCGCUACAAAUUCAAUGUGGUGAUGAAAAACUCAACAAAAUUAUGCUCAAGCAAGCAAGUAGUGACUGUUAACGGACGUUUUCCCGGUCCCAACAUCUACGCCAGAGAAGGCGACACGAUGUUAAUCAAAGUCGUCAACCACGUUACUUAUAAUAUAUCUAUCCAUUGGCACGGAAUAAGGCAAUUCCGCACAGGGUGGGCCGAUGGACCGGCUUACAUAACCCAAUGCCCGAUCCAACCGGGGGAGAGCUACGUGUAUAAUUUCACAAUAAGUGAGCAGCGAGGCACGCUUCUUUGGCACGCGCACAUACUAUGGCUUAGAGCUACCAUUCAUGGCGCCAUUAUUAUACUUCCCAAGCAUGGCCUGCCUUAUCCCUUUCCUAAGCCCCACAAGGAGGAGGUCUUACUACUAGGGGAAUGGUGGAAAUCAGAUGUGGAAGCAGUCAUAGAUGAAGCCAUGGCGUCAGGCAAUGCCCCAAACGUUUCCGAUGCUCACACGAUCAACGGUCAUCCUGGUCCCAAGUCCAAUUGCCUAGGCAAAGGUGAAUUUCACAUUUUUUAUUUAUGUUUCAAUUUGAAUUUAUCAAUACUAAUAUUGGCGAUAAAUCAAGGAGGAUACAAUCUAGUGGUUAUUCCCUCCAAAACAUAUCUGCUUCGGAUAAUCAACGCAGCUCUGAACACGGAGCUCUUCUUCAAAAUCGCCGGCCACAAUCUCACGGUGGUGGAGGUUGACGCCACCUAUGUCAAGCCAUUUGCCAUCGACACCAUAUUGCUCGCCCCCGGCCAGACCACCAACGUCCUUCUCACCACCGAUCACCUCACUUCAAGGUAUCAAAUCACGGCCUCCCCUUUCAAGUCCUCUCCGGUCACAAUCGACAACUCCACCGCAACCGCCACGUUGAUCUACGCCGGAGCCCUAGCCUCCGCCACCACAUUCCUCUCCGAUCGGCCAGCGCAGAACGCCACGCCGAUCGCCGACAUCUUCACGCAGUCCCUCCGCGGCCUCAACUCCGCCGCCUACCCGUCCCAAGUCCCCCUCCAGAUCGACCACUCCUUACUCUUCACCAUCGCCCUCGGCUUCGCCGAUUGUCCUAGCUGCGACAACAGCCUCCGCCUCCGCGUGGUGGCGGACAUCAACAACGUCACAUUCGUGAUGCCGCGGAUCGCGCUCCUCAACGCUCAUUUCUUCGGAAUCGGCGGCGUAUUCACCGACGAUUUCCCCGCGAGGCCGGCGGCGCCGUUCGAUUACACCGGAGCGAAGCAGCCGGAGAAUAUGCGGACGAUGAGCGGGACGAGAUUGUACAGGCUGGCGUUCAAUUCGACGGUGCAGGUGGUGCUGCAGGGCACCAGCAUGAUUUUUCCGGAAAAUCACCCGAUCCAUUUGCAUGGAUUCAAUUUCUUCGCUGUGGGUAAGGGUUUGGGGAAUUUUGACCCGGAUUUGGAUCCGAAGAGAUUCAACCUUGUUGACCCAGUCGAAAGGAAUACUAUUGCUGUUCCAUCUGGUGGAUGGGUUGCCAUCAGAUUUAGAGCUGAUAAUCCAGGAGUAUGGUUUUUGCAUUGCCACUUAGAAGUGCACACAUCAUGGGGACUUAAGAUGGCAUUUGUAGUGGACAAUGGCAAAGGGCCCAAUGAGUCUCUUCUACCACCUCCAAAUGAUUUGCCCAAAUGCUAAAAAAUCACCACCCUAAUUAGGGUUCUUUGUAGUUUUUUAAUUUCCACAAAACUUUUGAUUUUUCAAUAAUACAAUUGGUUCUCGGGCCCAAAACGACGAAGGUUGGGUGUGGUCAGUCGAUAACGAAGGACCAAGCACCUCGUUUGGGCCGGAUUACAAAAUGUAUGAAGUUUCCUUGUAUUUGGUUCGAGUAUGUUUGUUAUGCUUGUAGUUUGUUGGACAUCUGUAUACUUACUUGUCCAAAAUAUACAUGUAAAUAUGUAAAAUUCCAAAGGUGUUUGUCAAAGAAAUUGAAAGUGUGAUGUGAGAAUUUUCCGUUUUGAUCCAA